ACUGCUGCUGUACUGUGAUACUCCUGCUACUACUGCUCCACUAGUGCCUGGCUACUCUCUGAACUCAGGCAUCCUCUACUCAGGGUCUCCUGCUAUCAGGGCCCCUAUUCUCCAGCAUGUUUUACUCAGAAGUCAUGCUCCAGCGCAAGGGCUCCCUUGCAAAAGUCUGGCUCGCAGCACACUACGAGAAGAAGCUCACCAAGAACAACAUCAUCCAGACCUCCAUCCAAAGCGCAACGAAGGAGAUUCGCGAGGAAAAUCAUGCGCCCAUGGCCUUACGUCUCUCUGGCCAACUCCUCCUCGGUGUUGUCAAAAUCUACUCUCGCAAAGCCAGGUAUCUCCUCGAAGACUGCAACGAUGCCCUCAUCAAAAUCAAAAUGGCCUUCCGCCCUGGACAAGUGGAUCUCUCUAGUGCAUCUGUUCGUUCAGCACAAGCGCAAGCCGCCAAUCUCAUCUUACCCGACACACUCACAGAAUUCGACUUGAUGGGACCAGACCCCGGGUUUGACCUGAAUAUCGACUUUGACUUUGAUGCACCCCCGACCAAUACAGCCAAUGUCUCGCGCGCUCAAGACAUCACACUCGGCGAACGCUCCAUUGAGUUUGGUCGUAAUAUGAGUGCGCUUGCCCUGGAGGAGGAAGAGGAGGAUAUUCUUGCAGGCGGCGUGGACCUCGACCUCGAUAUUGGCGCAGAAGAUGGGCCGUCCCUUGAGAUGGGUCGAGAUGCAGCACCUGAACGGAGACUCUCGGACGAAUUCGAGCUCAUCACUGCACUCGACAAGGGAAACGAUACCACCAUGGCCAUGGAAGACGAGGGUGCUCAGUACCAAGAUGUUGAGAUGGACUACCACAAUGAACCUGGAUUGGGUGACUUCAACGAUUUCCCAAUGGAAGAUCUACCAGCUGCACCAUCACGCGAGCCAUCUGCUGUGCCUGCUGCAGGAGAGACAGUCGAUGAUGCAGCAGCAGCAACGACCGCCGCAGCACCCGUCCGAGCAAAACAAGUUCGAAAACGACGCUUGCAAGAUGAUGCAGCCACAGAACUCAGUUCACGCAGUAUGAAGGCACUUCAAGAGAAUCCUGCUCCCUUGACUAAACGCGCUCGUCGACUGCCCGCAGAUCCAGGAGCCAUGCAUCUCAUGCAACUCUCGAUGCAAGGUCAAUUGGGACAACUUGGUUGGCAGCCGAUGCACUUGCAUCCAUCCAUCAGGGAAAUGCUCAUGCCUGGCUUUGUACGGGAGAUUGCGCGUGCUCGACAACAGACUGCAGAGGCAGGUAGUAGGCAAGGCAGUGUGCAUCCAGCUGGCGAAGGUGAACAAGAAGCAUUCAUCCCUGACAUGGACAAUGAUGGACCUGUUGCUGCUUUCGGCAAUGACGAAAGUGGAUUAUCUGCCUUUGAUCAUGAUCAGCCGGGGCUCGGCGAUUUUAAUGAUGGUGGUGAUGCUGACUUUGGUUUACCAGACGUCACUUUACCAGAAGACAGUACACGUUUGAGUCUACCCGGUCGCCAAGAGAGUGCAGCGCCUGGCACGGUGCGUGGAACGAGUCCUGCAGAGGCAUUGAGUAGUCUCGACCCACUCCAUUCAGAUGCGCAUGAAUCAACACAAUUUGAGUCAACUCAGCAAGCGAAUGCCGCUGCUGGUGUUGUUGCAAUUGAUACAGCAACGGUCGUUGCCCAGCUCAAGGAAGCACUCGGUGGCAGGACCAAGAAAGCACAAGCAGCAGCAUCAACUGGUUUCACAACCCUCGCUGAGGGAACCUCGCGUGCAGCUGCAUCGAGUCUCUUCUUCCAGGUCUUGUUGUUGGCUACGAAAGAUGCCCUCAAGGUGGAACAGAGCGAAGCCUAUGGAGAAAUAAAAAUCAAGAGCAAAGCUGGACUCUACGCCCUCUCCGCCGAAGCCGGCAGCCAAGUCGCUGCUUGAUGUCCCUUGUUCUUCUUCAUCUCUUAUGAUGCCCAGACAUGAUAUGCGCAUGUCCUUUUGUAUUUGUAGCGCUACUUUUGCACCUUUGUAUCUCUUGUAGAACUUCUCACCCUUCUUG